AAAAAAAAAAAAAAAAAAGGGAAAAAAAAAAAAGGGAAAAAGGGCGGGGGGAAGAAAUGAAAAGAAGACAAAGAUAAAAGUAAGAAACCGAUGUUGUUUCAAAUUUUAAUAAAAAGAUUCAGGAAUCAGGUCUGGGUGGCAAGCCAAGGCAUUCUCUAGCGGCGGAGUUCAAAAGAAAUAUUCUGGUGCAAAGCGUUAAAUGACAGCAGGAUGCAAAUCUCAAACAACGCUGCAAACAGCCCCACGCACCCCCGAGCCCGCGGGGGGAAAAAAAGGCAAAAGAAGAAGAAGAAAAAACCUUGUGUGAAAAGUUACAGUAAAUUUUUUUUUUCCUCCCCAAUAGUUUUUCCCUUUCAAUAAAAAGCAUGUUUAAAAUACGUGCGAUCGCCGAGCGAGCCCCGCUCUGCAAGUCCCUGCUACAGCAGCGCGAGGGAAGAAGAAGAAGAAGAAAAAGAAGAACAAUAAUAAUAAUCAUAAUAAUCACCUCUUUCUAGGAUGGCACCUUGAUCCUUAAAUAUUGUCCAGUGUGUAAGGUCAGUGUGCGGAGAGUAAGGAGGAGAGCGGGCUGACUUUUCUUAAAGGGGCAGAUCAGGGAAAGGCUCUGAUGGUGCUGGGGGGGGGGGAGAGAUAAGUGAUCUGAAGAAGAGGAUAGGACAAAAAAAAAAACCUGAUGAUGAUGAAUACAUUGGAAACUUUUUUUGGCCCUGGUGAGGGUGUCAGAUUGAAUGCUCUGUGCGCAUGUGCGAAGGUGUCCAAACUGACAAUGCUUGGGAGAUGAAGAUAGUGUGUAGCUGCUUCUGGGCUCAAGGAGGGAGGAGAAGAAUCCACAAGCCGACAAGAUGAGAUCCAAGGCGAGGGCGAGAAAACUGCCCAAAAGUGAUAGCGAAAUUGUAAAUAAUAUGUACGAGACCGAUCCCGAUCUCCUGGCUGGUGAGAGUGCAGAGGAGGAAACAGAGGACAGUAUUAUGUCCCCCAUCCCUGUCGGCCCUCCAUCACCUUUUCCCACCAGCGAGGACUUCACCCCCAAGGAGGGCUCACCUUAUGAAGCUCCUGUCUACAUUCCUGAUGACAUUCCAAUACCAGCAGAUUUUGAACUCAGAGAAUCCUCGAUUCCAGGGGCAGGGCUAGGGAUCUGGGCCAAAAAGAAGAUUGAAGUUGGGGAAAGAUUUGGACCUUACACGACAGUGCAAAGGAACACGCUAAAGGAAACAAACUUUGGAUGGGAGCAGAUGCUGACUGAUCCUGAGGGGGCAUCCCAAGAGGGCAGUAUAAAAAAGACCACUGAUGAAUUGGGGAAUGAGAAAUUCUGUGUUGAUGCUAACCAGACCGGAACUGGAAACUGGCUGAAGUACAUCCGAGUGGCCUGUUCCUGUGAUGAACAAAAUCUAGCUGUGUGUCACAUUAAUGACCAGAUCUAUUAUAAAGUUAUUAAAGAAAUUGAGCCAGGAGAAGAACUGUUGGUGUAUAUGAAGGAAGGGGCUUAUUCGCUUGGGAACAUGCCACCCAGUAUGGAAGAGGAGCACACAUUUCGCUGCGAAGACUGUGAUGAACUCUUCCAGUCAAAGCUGGACCUGAGGCGGCACAAGAAAUAUGCCUGCAACUCUGUCAGCUCUCUGUAUGAGACCCUGAACGAGGAGAUAAAACAGGAAGGCCUCAGCGAUGGGCAGGUCUAUGAGUGCAAAGACUGUGAGAGAAUGUUCCCCAAUAAAUACAGCUUGGAGCAGCACAUGGUAAUCCACACGGAGGAGAGGGAGUACAAGUGUGACCAGUGUCCAAAGGCUUUCAACUGGAAAUCAAACCUGAUUCGUCACCAGAUGUCACAUGACAGUGGCAAACGCUUUGAAUGUGAAAAUUGUGUGAAGGUGUUUACCGACCCCAGCAAUCUCCAGCGGCACAUCCGUUCCCAGCAUGUUGGCGCACGAGCUCACGCCUGCCCGGACUGCGGCAAAACCUUUGCCACUUCAUCUGGCCUCAAACAACACAAGCACAUUCACAGUACUGUCAAACCUUUCAUAUGUGAGGUCUGUCACAAAUCCUACACACAGUUCUCCAACCUGUGCCGCCACAAACGGAUGCAUGCAGACUGUCGCACUCAGAUCAAAUGCAAGGACUGUGGGCAGAUGUUCAGCACUACCUCCUCUCUCAACAAGCACCGGCGCUUCUGCGAGGGCAAGAACCAUUACAACCCUGGGGGGAUUUUUGCCCCUGGCCUCCCUUUAACUCCAACCUCCAUGAUGGACAAAUCCAAACCCUCACCCAACCUCAACCAUGCCAGCCUGGGAUUUAACGAUUACUUUCCAUCCCGACCGCACCCAGCAGGUCUUCCAUUUUCACCUGCUCCCCCAGCAUUUCCCACCCUCACUCCAGGAUUCCCAGGGAUUUUUCCACCGUCUCUGUACCCUCGGCCUCCCUUACUGCCUCCCACCUCGCUGCUCAAGAGUCCACUGAACCACACUCAAGACGCAAAACUUCCAAGCCCCUUGGGGAACCCAGCCCUGCCUCUGAUUUCUGCAGUGAGCAACAGCAGCCAGCCUGUCUCAGGAGAGGAGAAAUGUGAAAGCAACCUAGAAAAUUCCUACCUUGACAAGCUGAAAGCCAGGAACAGUGACAUGUCAGAUGGCAGCGACUUUGAGGAUGUCAACACCACCACAGGCACAGAUCUGGAGACCACGACUGGUACUGGGUCUGACCUGGACAGCGAUGCAGAGAGCGACAGGGAAAAAGUGAAGGACAAAAGCAAACAGACUGAGAGCAAGCCAGACUUUGUCGGCAGUUCUGUGUCCACAAGUUCUGUCAGCAAUGCGAGUGAGAUCCCCCUUUUCUAUUCUCAGCACUCGUUCUUCCCUCCCCCCGAAGAGCAGCUGCUGCCUACGACAGGGGCAGCCAAUGACUCAAUAAAAGCCAUUGCCUCCAUUGCAGAGAAGUACUUCGGGCCUGGCUUCAUGGGAAUGCAGGAGAAGAAGAUGGGUUCCCUCCCAUACCAUUCUAUGUUCCCAUUUCAGUUCCUCCCCAAUUUUCCCCAUUCACUCUAUCCUUUCACGGAGCGGACCCUCAAUCACAACUUGCUGGUCAAGGCUGAACCAAAGUCACCCAGGGACCUUCACAAAGUGGGCAGCAGCAGCUCAGAAUCGCCCUUUGAUCUCACCACAAAACCAAAAGAGAUUAAGCCAAUCUUGCCGCCACCCAAGGUCCUGCCAGCCCCAUCUUCUGGGGAGGAACAGCCACUGGAUCUGAGCAUCGGCAACCGCAUCCGUGCCAGCCAGAAUGGAGGGAGGGAGCCCCGGAAAAACCACAUAUAUGGGGAAAGGAAGCUAAUGGGUAGUGAAGUGCUACCCAAGAUUUCUCAGUCUCAGCUCCCUCAGCAGCCAUCCCUGCAUUAUGCUAAGCCAUCGCCCUUUUUCAUGGACCCCAUAUACAGCAGGGUGGAGAAGCGGAAGGUGACAGACCCAGUGGGUGCCCUAAAGGAGAAGUACUUGCGACCCUCCCCGCUGCUUUUUCACCCCCAGAUGUCAGCCAUAGAAACCAUGACAGAGAAACUGGAGAGUUUUGCAGCCAUGAAGGCAGACACUGGCACUUCUCUGCAGCCCCUCCCACAUCACCCCUUCAACUUCCGGUCCCCACCUCCCACGCUGUCAGAUCCCAUCCUGCGCAAGGGCAAGGAGCGCUAUACCUGCAGGUACUGUGGUAAGAUCUUCCCACGGUCAGCAAAUCUGACAAGGCAUCUCCGGACACACACAGGGGAACAACCCUACAGGUGUAAAUACUGUGACAGAUCAUUCAGUAUUUCCUCUAACCUCCAGCGGCACGUCAGAAACAUUCAUAACAAGGAGAAGCCAUUCAAAUGCCACCUGUGUAACCGAUGCUUUGGGCAGCAGACCAAUCUAGACCGACACCUGAAGAAGCACGAGCAUGAGAAUGUUCCAGUGAGCCAGCAUUCUGGAGUCAUCACAAACCACCUUGGGACCAGUGCCUCCUCUCCAAACUCAGAAUCCGACAACCAUGCACUUUUAGACGAGAAAGAGGACUCGUAUUUCUCCGAAAUCAGAAAUUUUAUUGCAAAUAGUGAGAUGAAUCAAGCAUCAACUUUAGCAGAUAAAAGGCCAGAAAUCCAAGAUAUAGAUGGCAGCUCCCAAUGUCAUGGAUUAGCAAGUGAGAAAGCAGAAGAUGUGGAUGAUGAAGAUGAAGAACUGGAAGAGGAAGAUGAUGACAGCCUGACAGGGAAAUCGCAAGAGGAAACAGUAUCGCCCACAACAGAGCCCCGAGGAACAUUUGAGGAUGAGGAGGAUGAAGAGCCCACAUCCCUCACCAUGAGCUUUGACCAUACCCGAAGGUGUAUUGAGGAGGACGAAGCCGGCUUGUUAGAUUUGGAGCAGAUGCCGAAUUUUGGGAAGGGGCUGGAUCUUCGCAAAGCAGCCGAGGAAGCAUUUGAAGUUAAAGAUGUGUUUAAUUCCACCUUAGACUCUGAGACAAUAAAACAGACUCUGUACAGGCAGGCUAAAAACCAGGCUUAUGCAAUGAUGAUGUCCCUUUCUGAGAAUGCUCCCCUCCACACUUCCUCCCAGAAUUCUCUGGAUGCUUGGUUGAACAUGGCAGGAGCAGCUUCAGAGUCGGGGACCUUUAACCCCAUUAACCACCUCUGAGAGGUCGAGAAGGCACUGGGUCAGAGUCCAAGCGAGGCAGCCGCGGUGCUGUGAUUGCCCUAUCAGAAAUUCCAGCAAUCAGAAGAUGGAUCCCAGGGCCUCGGGCAGUCAGCUGGGGAAAGAAACCUGUCAUGUGUGAUCUGCAGCUCCUGAAUUUUUCUCUCUCUGCAGCUGUUCAGUUCAAACGUGUCGGAACAAAACUCUCCAAACCGGAUAGCCCUGAAGCUGCCCUAGGACCCCACCAUCGCUAAGGAUAGUGUUAACAAGACGGGAAUUGCAUUGGUGCAAUCAAAUAUUGGCCCCCUCAGAGUUGCAAGACAAUACCGCUGAGCCAGCUAGAGUCUCCUUCUAAACUCACACUUGAAACCAUGUGACUCUCCACCAUCCAUUCAGUUCAGUUGACUAACUGUAACAAGGAAAACAUGAAACUAGAUCACAUCCGUCCCUGGUGUAAUUCUAAAUGUGGUUACUGGAAUUAUACCAAGGAAGGGCAAAGUUGGGCCUAUUUUAUUUAACUCGCCUCUUUUAAAGAGAUUGAAAUUCUGCAUCUGCAUAGAUUUCCACCUUCCCCUCCGCACGUCCGCCAUCAUCCCCAGCAGAACAUAUACAUGCAAGGCAAAAUGGUGCAGUGAGUCUGCAAUGCAGGCAAUCGGGAUCCCCUACAGCUGGGAUCAUAUCUGCCAGGAGUGUUGCUGGAGCUGGGGACUUAGCUGCAUCGGACAAAACGGUGGACUGUGCCUUGUGAGCUCUGCCCUGGAAAACCCACCCCUCUGUUGCUUCUCCCAGAGGGUCUUUAGAAUGAGGCCCCUGCAGUAUUGGUGGGAGCCUGGAUUUUGGCAGAAACCUCUGCCCCAUGCCCUCAUGUUGGUUUGUUGGUGGUUGCUUAUGCACAGCACCCUGCCAUAAUUUGGCCCAUCGUUUUGAUAACAUGCCUAAAAUUUCUUGGCUUUUAGUAAGCUUAUGAGUAUAGAUCUACUUAAACAAGUGGCUAAGAAAAUGUAUCAUCUUUCUGAAUCUAAAUCUAUUUGCAAAUUUUUUUACGGAUAAUUUUAAAUUGCUCAGAAGUCUCAGCUUUUUGGCUGACACAAAACAGCCUCCAGGAAUAUUGCAGCGUGUCUGUGCUAUUUCCGCGUUGUGAUAGCCACCUGGUAUUUUAGCUGGUAUUUUAUAGGUAAAAACUAAACUUGAAAAUAAUUAUGACAAGGGGGGUUGAAACAUGACAAGGAAUUACAUUGGCAACACAGAUGAUGCUUGUGGCUUAUGUUUGAGAAAUUCCUAGGUAUUUUGUCAUAGAAUUAGGGCUCUCUCUGGCCUGAAACUUUAAGUAACAGCAAGGGUGCCACAAACUUGCCCAUUCAAUGUGCUGUAUCAGCGACUUGCUAAGGUCCUUGAGGUGCACUGAUGACCCAGUUGCUUAAAGCCUUCAUUCAAAGUCCAUUGGUGUCAAUAGGAGUUUUCCCAUUGACUUCAGUGGACUCUGGGCCAGGCCACUUCUGAAUAUUUGCAGAACUGGGUCACUAGCCAACUUCUGAGGAACUAACUCACAAUAGUAAAUGCAUCUGCUGGUCAGUGUUUAUAAAAUUGCUCCCUGCCCUGGUAUUAUCUGUAACAGAACAGACUGCAGCUGCUAUGCUAUUGAACAUGGAGAAGGAGAUCGCUGGAGCAGAGGUCCCUGCAUGCUGUGCUUCAUCUUGAGGUAGCUGCUCAGGUUAAGAUGGAACAUUGUAUUCUGGGGCCUGCAAUCUUAGUGGGCCACACUUCAAGACAUGAGGCUGGGUUUUAGCAUGCCAGGAGCUUCUGUUGGACGGCUCAUGGCACUGUGCUUUGUGUGCCUCUCGGGUAAAAGGAAUGAAAGGCUCAUUAGCAGUAUCAAAUUAUUCCCCCCCGUUCACUCAGAGAGGGACAUCUCUCCUGCAUGCCUCUCCAAGUCACCGCAUAUAAGUGCCGAAAGCUCCAAAUCCAAUAGCGAUAUGUAACUAACUCCCCUGUUUCAAAUGUUUGCACAAAGCUCUUGGCGAGGUGUAGCCCAAGAACUGACAAUGUCAGGAGAAACCAGUCUCUAGGAGUCAGAUGGAACAUUCCUAACCCUGGCACAUCUGCCUAUGGUAUAACAUAACAGUACUUCCCAUUCACUUGGGCUUUAAAUUAUUCCCAUAGGGGCCAAUUUAAAAUAAUAAUUAAUUGUUCUUUUCCUGAUGGAAUUUACCUUAAUCUGUAUAUAACUUGUAAGUUUUUCUAAUUCUUUUCUUAUUUUAUUUCUUCCUUAACAGUAUUUUUUGCAUUAGAUAUCAUUAUUGUGAAGAAAUAAUGUUAAUAUAAGUAUGUAGUGAAGGACCAAAAUUGUGUAAUUAAGGUUGUAUGUUGUAUGAUUGAUAACCAGGGAGUAGGAAGAUAUUUUUAUGUGCCAAAUGACCCUAAAUAAUCCUGCUGUUCUUGCUGCCGAUUUUCCAGACAAUCAUGUAUUUUGUUAAAUUUGAGUUUCAAUUACAUUUGCAUUUAGAAUAAGUGUUCUAUUUAUUUCUUUUAUUUUGUUUGUUUGGGGGAAAAAAUAUCAUAACCAGAAAAAAACCCUCCCCAAAUACCCUUAAUAGGACAAAAUAAUCAAAACUCAAAAAGCAAGGAGAAGUGUAAAUAAAAACAACUGUGAAAAUCCAUAUUGUGGCCAGGAUGCCAUACAAUGCAAAUGUGCCAUAUGUUAAAAACUAAUCAAUGCUUAUUUAUAUAAAGGAAUGGAAGAAAAAUCCUGCCAGUAUAAUUUUUUUUUAAAUAUAAACAAUCUACACUUUGUAAAUACCUGGAACACGAAUCUAGAAGUGUAGGUGGGUAGUUGCAGGAUAACACUGAUUCCAUUAGAGUUUAUAGCCAUUUGCAAAAGCACCAGGUCUAAUUACUAGAGCUAAAAGGUUAUUCUUGUGAAAAAGAACUCCAUAGUCCAUAGCAAGGCUGUCACCCACAUAGGGUUGGUUUAAUCUUUGCUCUGAAAAACAAGUAUACCCUAAAAGGACCUUCCCAGGUGAGAACCUCAAAUCUGUAGACACUUACAUAUCUGUAACUGUACUCACAUGAGUAGCUUGGCAGAAGUACUUAUGUGAUCAUCUCCAGGACCGGGCUUUAGAGUCUCUCAUUCCUGUGAUCAGCAGCGGGCACUAUAAAGCCCUAACUUGGCAAAACACCUAAGUGUGUACCUAACUUUAAACUUCGAAGUAAAUCAAUCCCUGUUCAGUUAAAGUACUUACGCAUGUGCCUAAAUCCUUGUGAAGUCAAUGGGACUAUUCAUGUGCUUAAAGGUAAGCAUGUGCUCUCAUUCCUUUCUGGAUUGGGGCCAGAGUGCUCUGCCACUUGUAGGAUCAAGUGCAAAGAGCAAGAGUCCUUUGGUGUUUUGUUUGAAAGUCACUGACAUCAGUUCUCCUUAGCUUUGCUCCUCCGUAUGAGGGGAUGACAGGGCAACCAGGUGUCUCCAAGUGAGCACAGAGGCUGUAACAGAAGUGUUACACAGGCCUUUUUUGUCUUCCCUCCAGGGUACAAACUCAGCCCUGCUGUUGUUUGCAUUGCUUCUUCAGAAGAAGAAUGUAGGAAAAGCUCUGAACUCUGUGUCCCUUUUCCCUUAGCCUCUACAAAGGAGGCUGUGCCAUCCCUGCUUGCACUGAGCAGUCCUGCUGAUCUUCUGAUCACUGUGAGCAGGGGCUGACGCACACUUUGCCCUUCUUUACAAAAAUGAAAGAUCUUUUAAAAAUCAUAAAAUAAUUUAUUUUUUUUCUUUUCAGUUUCCUGUUACUUUAAAAAAAUAUUCCUAUAGCUGGUCUCUCUGCCAAUGUUAGGAUCCAGACCUCUCUAAACCAGUUCUGAUGACCUGUUUUAGGGUUUUUUUCAGUAACGUAACAAACACAAUGCUUAGUUGAGUUUAUAUUUAUCUGUUAACCCCUCAUUCAAUUGCACUUAAAAUGUGUUCCAGUUUGUAGCUGAUUUUUGUUUUUUUCAGGUUUUUGAUCUUACUUUGAAGGAUGUUUCCUGAGACUUGCUUGUGUUUAGAAUAAAUAGAGACAAGACGGAGCCUACCAUCAGAAUUGAAAUUAUUUUUUAGCACUAGCCAUGAGAAAAACCUGGGUCCCUAGUUUCAGUUGCAUGUGGAGCAGUGCAGCUCAAAUAUACCCUGCACCACUAAUGCAUUACGCUCAGGAAGCAAUGCUAUCUAUGUGAUGCAUCAGACUGUGUAGUUAGAGCAAAUGCAGCUUGGUAUUUCUUUGAAAUCAAGGGUACCAUCGUAGAUGUGACCCCAGCCACCAACUAUUGGGGGGGUGGGCACUAUUGCUUUAAUCUGUUUUUGCAGCUCCAGUAGGUAACAACAUUGCCACCAUAGCAAAGGGAGGGAAUGGGAUGCAUUACAUCAUUGCUCUUGUCACAAGGGAUGAGCCAACAAAUCGAUCAGCAGCUGAGGCCAUGGAUGAGCCUCUGGCUGUGCCAAAUUGUUCUGUACUGCUGAAAUGGAACUGUGUGUUGAUGGGCCCUUCCUUCUGUUAUAGCUACUUCGAAUGUAGAUACUUUAUAGACGAGCUAAAUAUAAGCGUUAAAAAGUGGUUUGCUGUCCUUGCUGCUCCUUUGUGUUGCUCACAGCCUUCAAAAUAAUGAUGUCAGUCAUGGGAUUGGUGCAGAGUAUUCCCAGAGCAAUGCUGUUGCUGUGCUACUUGGCAUUCUAGUACAUCUAGGUCGAAUGCAUCCGCUUUGUUGCUGGAUGUACCAGAUGUGUCCAGGAUUUGUUGUUAGAUGCACCAGGUAUGUUUCUGUAGAGGAUACCUGCUGGGCUCCUGCAGGCUUCAGGUGCCUACUUCCAAAUGCACCGGCUGUGUCCUAUGUUCCAUUGAUUUCAAGGAAAAAUUACUGCUGCUUAGACCACGACAGGUGUGACGGCAGUGCACUAGCAACAAGCAAAACAAAACAGGGUUAACAGCCACACGUGAGCUGAUUUGCUAUGCUGCGUUCGAGGCAAAAUACAAAGUUAUGAUUUCUGUCCUGCUUCAAACUGAUUAGCAGAACUUUUCAAUUUCCCCCAAAUCAGCACUUAGAAUUUCAAUAGACUUACUGAAAACUGCUUCUCUCUCAUUUUAUAUGAAGCAUUAAUAAAAGCACUUGCACGAUGACAUAUUAACAUGUUUAGACUCUAAGCAUCAAAGCACUGGACUGUGAGCCCCCUUCAGCCCCUCCAGCCUACUUCAAUCUACUGAAUUACAUUCAAUUUUUAUGUGCUGUAUUUUUGUAUGUGUGUGGCGGGGGAAGGGGGAAGCAUCAUGGUGUAGAAACCUGCACUUUGCUGCCCAUUUAAAAAUGGGCAGGGAGUGAAACAGUCUGCUCAGAUCUGUGCUGGUAAUAUGAGGGCAAAAACUUUGCCCCUAAAUGGUCAGUAGUGUUUUUCACCAAGCCAUGAAACUGUUUCUCCAUAGUGUUGAGUGAUACUGUGAUUAAAAUGUUAUUGAAUUAUUCCAAGAUUUCUUUUGUCUUUAUUCUGUCAUUGAUUCCUAUUACCACUUUUGGAAAAAAGAAAGAAAAAGAUAGAAAAAAAAAAGGCAGCUCUGAUUUCCAAAUGUGCAAUUCACAUGUGAACAAAGUAAUUUUGAAGAUGUUUCUCAAUGUAUUUUACAUUCUCAUUGCUCUCUUGAAAGCAAGAGAUGUUCUGCCCUGAUGUCAUUUCCAGCCUGCAGAAGAUGUAAUUUAAAACAUAUAUAUAUUGUGCUUGCAAGAAUCAUAAAUCCGUGCAUCCUAUGUCAUUCUUUCUCCCAUUGUUACAAUACAGAUUUGAUUUAGUUUUUUUUUUCCUUUAGGACUGUAUAGUGUUUUUUUAAAAAAAAAUCAAUUGUAAAUGUCUGGUUUUCAUAAAAUGUUUAAAAAACAUUGAGAAAGAGGAUGGUGCUUGUUCCAUAUCAUUCUUGAUUGUAUAUUGCUUCUGUUAUGUUUAUAAGUAAACUGUGCAUGACUUGUGUUUAGCAGUCAUUAUUGUGUCUGUUUGUGAAAUUUUUAUUAAAAAGAAAAAAAAUUCCGUAGAUGCACUUAUUGUAUAUGUGAUUAGGUUUUGCGUCCAAGGCUAGAAGCCUUGAACUGCCAAGGAGGAAAAAAAAAGAAAAAGAGGUGGCAGUUAUUAAUUAAUAUGAAAUCGCUUUGUUGGGAGCAUAAUGAAAUAAAAAGAAAUGAAGUGUAGAAAAUAAUUAAAAAAGCGAUUUUACAAAUUUCAUUUUGAUGCUUGUGAUAAAAGACAAAUGUACUUGUGUAGAGAAAUUCCUUUAAAAUAAUGACUAGGAAAGCUGAUUUUGAGGUUAAUGCUGUAGAAUAGGAAUGUAUACCAAAUGUAAUCUUUCCAAUGCUACAAUGAAUUUAUACAUGAGAUUGAUAUGCAAUAAACCUGUGUGCUUUUCUAA